AUGAGCACGAACAGAGCCCCGAAUCUCGACCCGGCCUUCAAUCUAAACAACGACAUCUGGGACUUGUACUCGAGCGCCCAGAAGAUAUUGCCCGAUUCAGACCGUAUUUUGAAUCUCUCUUGGCGUUUGCACAACCACACGUCUUUCCAUCGAAUUAAGCGCAUAAUGCAACAUUCCAACUCUAUUAUGGACUUCUCCGCCUCGCCCUUUGCCAGCGGCGUAAACGCCGCUGGCAACGGCAACAAUGACCUUGACGAUACUGACACAGAUAACCAGCAGUUUUUCCUUUCGGACAUGAACCUCAACGGUUCUUCUGUUUUUGAAAACGUGUUUGACGACGACGACGACGAUGAUGAUGACGUGGAGACCCACUCCAUCGUCCACUCCGACCUGCUCAACGACAUGGACAGCGCCUCCCAGCACCCCUCACAUAAUGCUUCCGCCUUCCCCAAUUUUUUGGACACCUCCUGCUCGUCCUCCUUCGAUGACCACUUUAUUUUCACCAAUAACUUACCGUUCUUAAAUAAUAAUAGCAUUAAUAAUACUCAUAGUCAUAAUAGUAGUCAUAAUAACAGCAUCAAUAAUAGCAGCAGCAUCAGCAACAACAACAAUGGCAAUAGCAACGUCGCCAACAGCCCUUUACUGAGAAGAAACCCGUCCCCAUCCAUAGUGAAGCCCAGCUCGCGAAGAAACUCCUCCAUCAGGAAGAAAAAACCCGCCUUGAAAAAGAUCAAGUCCUCCACCUCGCUGCAAUCCUCCGCCACCCCGCCUUCGUCCAACGCCCUGUCCAACUCUGAUAUAAAGUGCUCCAACUGCACCACCUCGACCACCCCGCUGUGGAGGAAGGACCCCAAGGGCCUGCCCCUGUGCAACGCCUGUGGCCUGUUCCUCAAGCUCCACGGUGUCACGAGACCGCUGUCGCUGAAAACUGACAUCAUCAAGAAGAGACAGAGGUCCUCCGCCAAGAUAAACAGCAACAACAUAACGCCCCCUCCAUCUUCGUCCUCCAAUGCAGGAGCUGCAACGAAAAAGAAAAACUACGCUGCAAGCGUGGCCGCCUCCAAGAGGAAGAACUCGCUGAACAUCGUCGCCCCGCUGAAGUCCCAGGACAUACCCAUUCCGAAGGUGGCCUCCCCCUCCAUCCCGCACCAUCUCCGUUCCAGCAACCACCGCCAUCUCUCGAGCUCCGCGCCCAUCGAGGUCGAGACCUUCUCUAACUUCCAGCCGGACAUGAAUAUGACCAUGAACAUGAAUCUCCACAACACCUCGACCUCCGCUCUUAACAGCGAGGCGUUCUGGAAACCCCUGGACUCCACCAUAGACCAUCAUGCUGCGGACACAACCCCGAGCUCGAACGCCAAUACCACUCCAAACGGCAAUCUGAGCCUAGAUUGGCUGAAUUUGAAUUUAUAG